AUUUAGGAGGCUCCUGAAGAGUAGAACAAUAUCUUAUUUCUUUUACUUUGGGGAUGGGGGAUGAAAGCAUUUUAUUGUUUUAACAUUUUAUUUUUCAUCCAGGUGGCACAUUUCCUGACCGCAGACUUAUUAGAUAGGGGGCACAUCUCAUUUGUCAGGAAGCGGUGCUGGCAGCUGGUGGGAACAUGAUACCUGUUGUCCUGUCCCCCAGGAGAGUGUUGCAGACUCUGGCAUGGCAGAGGGCUGCUUGAGGGAAAAGCAGUGGCUAUUCAGACCAGGGAGUUUCAGGGAAGGGGUGUGGUGCUUGGGGUUGCUGCUACAGUUGCAAGGCCCUCUAUUUCUCAGAUGGGGGAGCUGGAGAGAGGGUCCCAAAAGUGCAUAGCAGCCAGGAGGGGAAGCUGAUGAGUAGGGAACAGAAGUUCAGCAAGACCAAGAAAGCAAAAUACAAGGAAAAGGGGGACACUGGAGAGCUAGAGAUGAAGAUGCAGAGGGGUGAGGCAGAAGGGAGCAGAAAUAGGCCAAUUCAAGCAAUUGUUUGAAGCCUUGCUUCCCCCACCCUCUCAUUGCCCCUUCUCUGUAAUCUCCACUGUGGGGUUCGCCUUUCUCUGGUCUUGUUGAGUUACCACUUACAAGUUUUUCCACUCGGUGGCAUAUUGUCCUAGCUUUAGUGCAUAUUAGGAACCUGUUCACUCCUUUUCUCCAUCUCCUCCCUUUUAAUUCAGUGACACCUAGUUUGAAUUGCAAUCAGUAUCCAUCUGCAGAGGCCCACCAGAUGAGUCCUGGGGAAGGGCAAUAGGUGGCAGUUACUCCCCAUUUGCUGAUCAUCUUCAAAAUUGUAAACUUCCACUUCGUGGCAAACAGUAUAUGGCUCCUACAUCAUGGGAAUAGUCAGGAACUGUGAUUACAUAGACAAAAUACAAAUAAUUAUUCUGCUGUCCAGGAACCUCACAAAUUGAGCAUUGUUAGGAUUAGAAGACCCAAGGCUAACUGUACUUUUAAAAAAAGUAAGCUCUGCGUAUGGUUAUAUGGUUUUCUUUUUCAUAUGGAACAGACAAAGAUCAAGUUCUGUGUAAAACAAAUUAAGAAGGCCUUUCAUGUGAAAGAUGUGUAUGCAUUCCUUGACAUAAGUGAAAAUGCCAUAUAUAAAGAAGACUUCUGGAAAAAGAGGUCCUGUGAAGAGGAAGCUUGCGGAAGAAUUUGCUCCUGGAGAAGUGUUAACAGACACAUCAAAAAAAGAGUGGAAGUUAGGCAUGCCUAUAGGGCAAGGUGGCUUUGGAUGCCUGUAUCUUGCUGAUGUUAAUUCUUCAAAAUCGGUUGGCAGCGAUGCACCCUAUGUUAUAAAAGUGGAACCCAGCCAGAAUGGACCUCUUUUUACUGAAUUAAAGUUCUACAUGCGAGCUGCUAAACCAGAGCAAAUUCAGAAAUGGACUAGUUCCCAUAAAUUGAAGUACCUAGGUGUACCGAAGUACUGGGGCUCUGGCUUGCAUCAAAAAAAUGGAAACAGCUACAGAUUUAUGGUAAUGGACCGAUUUGGGAGAGAUCUUCAGAAAAUUUUUGAAGAGAAUGCAAAGCAGUUUGCACACAAAACUGUGUUAAAAUUAAGCUUGAGAAUACUUGAUAUUCUGGAAUAUAUCCAUGAGCAUGAAUAUGUGCAUGGAGACAUCAAGGCCUCAAACCUUCUCCUGAGCUACAAGAAUCUUAAUCAGGUGUACUUGGUUGAUUAUGGCCUUGCUUAUCGAUACUGUCCAGAAGGAGUGCACAAAAAAUAUAAAGAAGACCCCAAAAGAUGUCAUGAUGGUACAAUUGAAUAUACUAGUAUUGAUGCACAUAAGGGUGUGGCUCCAUCAAGACGGGGUGACUUGGAAAUUCUAGGUUACUGUAUGAUUCAUUGGCUCAGUGGCCAUCUACCAUGGGAGGACAAUUUAAAAGACUCCAACUAUGUCAGAGAUUCAAAAAUUAGAUAUAGUGAGAAUAUUACAGAUUUGAUGAACAAGUGCUUUCCUGAGACAGAAAAACCAGAUGAAAUAGCCAAGUACAUGGAAAAGGUGAAGUUAUUGAGCUACGAAGAGAAACCUCUUUAUCAGCAUUUCCGAGAAAUACUUUUGCAAGGUCUUAAGGCUAUUGGGCAAAAGGAUGAUGGCAUACUGGACUUCAGUUUUUCAGAGAAUGGAGAUUUGCAAACCAAGCCUGUACAAAAGAAGAAAAGAAAGGCAGCGGCAUCAGCAGCAGCCACAACAGAGGAAAGCACUGGAACAGACAUGGAAGAUGUGGAAAGUCCACGAAAGAAGAGACCUGCUCGUUGUAGAAACGCUGACUCCUCAGGACCAAUUCAUCACAGCAUAUUACAGCCAGAGGCUAGCAGCAGCAGCAGCUUACAACAAUUCAGAAGCCACCAAAACACUGAAGAAGAGUUCACCGAAAGGCAGAAGAACCAGAAAGAGAGUCCAGAAAUAGAAGAACUAGAAUAAUGUGCUCUGCUUUGCUUUGCUUUGCUUUGUUUGCCUACUGUAAUGCUGGAAUCUUUGUUUCUCUUUUUAAUGUUUAUUUUUACAGGAUUUGAAAAAUGGCUAUGCUGCAGUUUGUACCUUGUUUGGAAGAAUAAAUGUUUUAUUAAAGUGUAUUUGUGUACUCCAUGUAAAAAAAUACUAUCCAUAAAUGCAGAAGUUUUCAAGUUUUGAAGUGAGGUUGUUUUUAGUAUUUGCAUAUUUUUUAUGCUUUUGAAGGAUCCUGAAGAGAAGAAAAAAUUAUGCCUCUUUUUCUCCUUUAUGAUAUAGCAAGAAAACCUGAAACUGUAUUAAAAUGAUUUUUUUUCUCCUUGUUGUUACCUUAAAAAUAGCAAUGUCACAUCUGGUCGGUCUUGUUUUUGCAUGAAGACUUUUUGGAGGCAUGAAAUAUGGACUUAACGUUAACUUGAGGGGAGGGAAAGGGAUUUUUGAUCAUUGCAGACAUCUCUUCUUUCAGGUAUUUCUCAAGUGUUUGAAUUAAAUAAGCAUUAAACAAAACAGAUUUAAACAGUUAAUAAAAAUCACUUCUGUUCUCAAGCCUGGCUUACACAACAAAAUUUAAGUCUGAACGUAGUUUUGAGCAAUCAUGUUAGCUGUUUCAUUUGCAAGUAAGCUGUGUUCAGUUAGUGUGCAUUGCUGAAAACCAUUUUUUGACAUGUCUAAAUUUUAUAAUAUAGAUGAGUUUUACGUAAUCAAGUUUCAUUUGAACGGUAUUUGUCUUUGUAUCAGUUCUCCAGUUAUUCAUUGUCUUCCAGGAGGGUGAGUAGGAAAGACCAGAAUUUCUGUAACCUCCCCUGCCUCCAGUAACCAAACAUACCUUAGGCUUUCUUUUUAUAUCAUAGGGAAGCAAGAAAGGGUACAAAUUCAAUUUUUUCUCUACUUGGACACCUUUUUACAAUAAAAACUUCGGUCUCAUACUUGUCACAUCAGAAUGAUGCUUUACCUUUGCUUAUAGGUGAGAUGACAUUCUCAUUUGAAAUUCCAGUUUUUUUAAAAAGCACUACUUUUAUGCUGAACUUCCUCAUGGUAAUUUUUGGCCCCAACAGGCAUUUUUUGGACAAAUGGAAUAAAUUGGUAUGCUCCAUACUGAAAAUUAACACUUUUUUGCACUUAGGCAAUUCAAAAAAGUCCUCUUAAUUUGCCCUGGACAUAGUUCUCAAGAAGGAAAUGGUGGUGUGAUAAACUGCUUAAGUAGUAGUUAUGAACAAAUGAAAUGCUGUACUGUACAUCGACAAUUUAUUUUUGCUGAUUUAAAUGCUUGUAUAAAGUAGUUAUCCAGGUAUCCCCCACACUGAAAUAAAUGGGUAUGUUAACACACA